GUUCUCUCUCUAUGCAUUCGCACCUUCAUUUCGGAAAGCCUAAUAAGAGCGAGACAGAGGGAGCGGUAGGGUUUUAGAGGAGCAUCAGAAGGGAAGUUGAAGAUGGUGGCUGAUAAGGGCAAGAAGCUGAAGCUUUCAGAGAAAGCCGAAGAUGAUAACUCGGACCACAUCGACGAGAAGCUCGUCCUUUCCAUCGAAAAGUUGCAGGAGGUCCAAGACGAGCUCGAAAAGAUCAAUGAGGAAGCCAGUGAUAAAGUCCUGGAAGUGGAGCAGAAGUAUAACGAGAUACGCAAGCCGGUCUAUGAUAAACGAAAUGAUAUCAUCAAGUCCAUUCCCGAUUUUUGGUUAACUGCUUUCCUGAGUCAUCCUGCGCUUGGUGAACUUUUGACCGAAGAUGAUCAAAAGAUUUUCAAGCAUCUAACUUCUCUGGAAGUGGAGGAUUUUAAGGAUGUGAAGUCUGGUUACGCCAUUACUUUCCAUUUCAGCCCCAAUCCUUAUUUUGAAGAUGCAAAGCUUACGAAGACCUUUACUUUCCUUGAUGAAGUAACAAAAGUUUCUGCCACAUCAAUAAAGUGGAAAGAGGGAAUGGGCAUACCUAAUGGAGUUAAUCAUGAUAAGAAAGGGAACAAGCGACCUCAGGCUGAGGAAAGCUUCUUUAGCUGGUUUAGUGAUAGUCAACAGAAAGAUAUUUUGGACGAUGAGAUCCAUGACGAGAUUGCGGAGGUUAUUAAGGAGGAUCUGUGGCCCAAUCCUCUUACUUAUUUCAACCAUGAGGCUGAUGAUGAGGAUUUCGAUGAUGAAGAGGCUGAUGAAGAGGGAAAGAAUGAGGAUGAUGACUCUGAAGAAGAUGACGAUGACCAAGAAGAUGAUGAAGACGGUGAUGAGGAUGAUGGAAAGUGAGAACAUCCGUCUCGGUCUUCAAAUCUUUUGGCAUUUGCUGCGUUGUUAACAGCUUGUGUAAAGUGGUCUACAGUAGUCGAUAAGUUAAGUCUAAGGUGACAGGGGGAUGACCAUCAUAACUCUUUCUUGACAGCGUCCUGCCAUCUAGGCACUUGACUGCUCUCAUAAGCCAGUCACUGGUUCUUGUUUCAUGGCGUUUCUCUGUUACAAUGGGGUUAUUUUUGUGGCUUCUCCCUGAUAUGCAGGUCUCUAGAAUGACAAUAUUAUAAGGGUCUUGGCUUUCUUUUGUUUCUAAAUGACAUGAAUGAGGAUAUAUGGUAUUAUGGAGUUGAAAGCUCAUUGGCAUCAUUUUAUGGUUGACU